CGCCUGAUAUGAUAUAAAUACCAACUAACAAUUAAAGAUAUGAGAGUAAUAAAAAAAAUGGAACUUAUCCACCUAAGAUACAAUAAACCAAAAUAAAGGGAAAUGAAGUUCCAUAACCAAUAUGCAUGAUCAAUAUAUGAAUAAACAAGCAAAAAAACAAGCUAAAAGUUUCAUUACAUAUAACAAUAAAGGGAAAAAAGUUGCCUUGACCAAUAUGCCCCUCAUUCUCUUGAAGCCGUUUAGGACAAACCUUUCUAUAGUUGGACUCUUUUUCUAUAAAUGUUGGUGCUUCACUUCAUAAAGAGGACUUCAACUUUUUAAAACCUUUAGCCCAUGCCAAAAUUGAGUCCACACACAAGUUAUGUCAUUUGACUUUUCAGUGCCUAAAUUAAGUCCUUCAACUAGCAACUUUACUUCAAUAGUGGAACAAAAUGUCUAGAAAUCCAUAAAUUCUUCAAAUAAAGUAUUCACCUGUGUAGUCAUUUGAAGAGGAGGCCCCUUAUUUGAUGUCUUUUAGAUAGGAUUGAGUCUUCGGAGAAUCUCGAAGGGCUUAAGCAAACAAUAAGCGUCGUAUUAUGGUAAAAUAGCAUUAAAAUGAGGAACAUAUUCUAACUUAUGGAUGGACGAUAAGCAUCUCCAUACAACAUCUACUUCUACAGUUAUUUUACAUGGCUCCAUAUGUAACACCAACAUAUAACAUUGAUAUAAAUUUGGUAAUAAAGAACUAGUAUCAUGUGAAAGAAGAUUGUAAAUUCACUAAAGUAAAUGACAUAUUCAAAACUCUCUUGAAUAGAUUUAAUCCAAAUAAAUCCUGACUUUGAGCGAUGUAAUUAGAGAGCAAUCAUCAAAGGAGUAGCUUUUCUUCACACAACCAGCAAGUUGAACUAGAGUCUCUUACUUGAAGUAUAUAUCUAAAUCAAAGACUAAUAUGGAGUAUUAUGUAUAUAUCUCAAUAAUAAACAAAAAAAUUCAUUUUAAUAAAAUGAAGGAGUCAAACACUCAAACAAAAUUUUAAAACAGAAAAAUGAACAUUAAACACAUGGAUAUGAAUAAAAAUUCAUUCAAUCAUUUCAACAAACACCUUAUGAGCAUAAAAGUGAAAUAUAAUAGUUGAAUUAAAAUUUAAAUAAUUAACCUCACAAAUCUAGAAAGGAAAGGGGCAAAUAAGAGAUGUAGCAAAGAGGGAAGAAGAUGUAACAAAUUGGAUGAAUGGAGAUUUGGAAGGGAAGAAAAAUAGGGUAGAAAUGAGGAGGGGAGGGGAGGUAAAAAAAAUGGGGAGGCUUUUUUAUGGGGUACAAAAUGGAGUAAUGUUGGGGUACCUAUAACAAAAUUGUUCCUCAAGAGCCACUAUACAAGUUGUUCCGAGCUCCUAUUCCAAAUUUAAAAAGGUUGCCUUAAGCACGGGGAAUUUUAUCAAAAUACCCUCUUUUCAAACUCAUUUUAGCAACAUGUCCCUUUUCUUUUUAAAAUAAUAGAAAGAGGUAAAAUUACAUUAAAAAAAUUACUCCCUCCGUCCCGCAAAAUAGUUUGUGAUUUCUUUUUUGAUCCGUUCUAAAAAAUAGUUCUCAUUUCCCUUUUUGGAAAGUUUUGUGUGGUUACCAUCCAUUUACAUUUUUCUUACUCAACCACAACAUACAUUUCCCCUUUAUUCUCACUUUCUUAAAAUCAGAUCCAAAUCCUAGUGGGGACUAUUUUAUGGGAGGGAGGAAGUAUGUCAUAUGAUGUCGUGUAGGUUAAGAGAGAGUGACUGUUAAUACCACCUCUGAACUGUCCAAUGUCUUCACUCAAACAUCUGAGCGUGCAACACCCUUCUUCAUUCGAACCCAUCACUCUUUCUCUUCUUUCCAAUAAUAUAUACAUUCAACCAUUAUUAAGGUUAAGAACGCAACCAUUUCAAUGGUUGAAUUAGAUAAGUCUGAACGUAAGUGUAGGCUGAUAAAAUUAAGAAAAAUUAGUCCCGCUAAAAAUCUUCUGACGAAGUCGAGUGCCGAGCAGAACAAGGAAACUUAACCAGAUAAUUUGGUGAAAGAUCCUUGGAAGUAGAAUCCUCAUACUCCUAACAACAAAUUUAAGGUAACUAGUAUAACACCUGGGGCAUGUCCUGGUAGUGUCACUUUAAUAAGUUUUAAAAUGAUAAAUAUCAAUAGGUAGAGGUUAAUAAUAUUCACUCAAUCGUGUGCUAGUAUUUUUUAAUAUAUAAGAAUGACCGAUUGAAAAUCAUUAAUGUGUAUAUGAUUUAUAGUGGUUUUGAAAGUAAAUGCAAAUAUGAAUUUGUUAAGUAUUACGGAGUAUUCAUAAGCAUUAAACUAAAGUUAAGCUUUUUGUACAUAAUAUUUGUUAUUGUAUUGCUUGCAUCCUUGUCCUUCACUCCACAAAAUUUUAAGCCAUUUCUAAUGCGCGAAGUCUACUAAUUAAAUUUGCUUCGUGAUAUAAAUAUUGAGUUGUGAGAACUUUGAUUCGUUAGAAUCCAUUGAUAGUACGUAAACCCACAAAAUGAUAAUUUUGACCAUGCAUUUGAUAUACAUAUGACCCUCUAGAAAUGUUUACAUCUUUUUGUACCUUGCCUCCUAACAAAGUGAAUGCAAAUCUCGUUGCCCUAAUGUUUUUUUACAAACUUUGCAAUUCUUCUAUUGGUGCCUUUGAAGAGGUUUAAUAAAAAAUCAGAUGGCUUUGUAAUGAAUGAGAUCGAGUCCUUGUCAAAACACAUCGAAAAUAAUGUUGGACUAUUAGUGGAAGUCAUGUAAAUAACAUAGAUAGGCUGAUUUUUUUGUGAGUGUGGGUUAGUAAAUUGUACUACUUAUAACUAAUGUGAAUCAAAUUCAUAAGAGUGAGGUCAAUGUUAAUCGUUUCGUGGAAGUAAACCUGAUUUUGAAUCCAUAUUCUUGGUAAAAAUAUAUUCUUAAUUGCUAGUCAAUAUGCAAACAUGCGAUAUCAUUUUAGGAAAAAAUAAACAAAAACCUACAAAAAUGAUAAUUAUACCUAAAUUACGGACUAAUAGUGUAACACCGGACCUGAAUUUUACCCAGAGAAUUUUUGUUCAUCAAGUACAUGCUUAAAGAAGGUAAAUCAAGACUAGGAGUAGUCUUGAUAAAUGAGAAAGAUAAAAUUCUUGUCUUAAAUUGAUAAUGGGCUAUUAAUCAGACGUAGGACCCACGAAGAGGAGUAGGUGUAAAACCACUCCGAAAAUGUUCACAUAUAACGUUGGGUAAAUUAGACUUGGCACCUUGAUAAAAGGUGCGGUAAAUUUAUUUUUACUAAUUAACUUUUAUCGUGUAGUAAAAAUACAUGUGGGACCCACAUCAGGAGCGAGGACCACCCGUGGUAUUCUAAGUGUUUAAGAUAUUAAUGUUGAAUGGUCAAAAUGAUAUAUUUUGAUUGUUUAUGACUUAAUACAUGUUGUAUUAAAAUUUCUGAUCAAUCGGACUUGAUUCGGGUGGUUAACGGCGUGUUGACCCGGUCCAGGGCAGUGGACCGGCACCGGUUAAGGGAUUAAUCGGUGCCGGUUAACCUAUUGCCAGGCCAGUUAAGGGAUUUACCGGGCGCCGGUUAUGCUACAGGUUUAACGCGUAUCAGAGCCCGAUUCGACGUGGGAUUAAUCCCGGCCAUCCUAUAUGUGAAUAUUUUGCAUGGAAUUACAUGAAAUAUGAUGUUUAAAGUGCUAAGGCUUGGAAUACGAGGUGUAAACACUAAGGCUUGGACUAGUCGUUAGUAAAGAACUGAUAUAGACCACGAACGGAUGAAUACAUGGUAGAUCAAGUAAGGCUAGAUAAUAUUUUGUGGGGCCAAGAGGAAUCCUCUACACUCAAACGUUAACAAGGGCCUGUGUAGUCCUUGAGGUGUGUUAACCUUCAGCAAAUUACACAUAGGUAACAAGGGCACGUGUAGUCCUUGAGGUGUGUUAAUCUCCAGCAAAUUACACAUAGGUAACAAGGGCAAGUGCAAUCCUUGAGGUGUAGUAUCCUCCAUCAAAUUGCAUAUAAGUAACAAGGGCACGUGUAGUCCUUGAGGUGUGUUAAACUCCAGCAAAUUACACAUAGGUAAUAAGGGCAAAUGCAGUCCUUGAGGUGUGGUAUCCUCCAUCAAAUUGCAUAUAGGCAACAAGGGUCCGUGUAGUCGUUGAGGUGUGGUAUCCUCCAGCAAAUUACACAUAAGUAACAAGGGCAAGUGCAGUCCUUGAGGUGUGGUAUCCUCCAUUAAAUUGCAUAUAGGUAACAAGGGCAUGUGUAGUCCUUGAGGUGUGUUAACCUCCAGCAAAUUACACGUAGGAUGGGGGUGUAUGUGUGCUCCUCAAGGCGGGAUUAGCCCUGAGAAUCUAAACUAUGAUAGUAAGGACGAGUAGUCCUCGAGGUAGGUGAACCUCAGGGUAAUAACUUUAAAUGAUUGAAUGAAUAUGCUUGGUCGAGAACAAGUUCCCGAUACAACAUUUCCUUGGGCUAGGAAGUGAUAUAAACCAUGUUCGUGAUUUGGGAGCCCGAAGGGCCAGCCACGGGUAUUUAUCUUUUGAUAUCGGGUGGGUUAGCUUCCGGGUGACCCCACCCGAUGAUAAGACAUAAGAAGGGUGAAUUUAAUGGGGUUGUUAUGCCUAAAUGGUUUGAAAGACAUAUGGGCCUACGGGCCACAUAUUUUACCCAUAUGUAUAUAUGUGUACGAUAUGUUUUGAAAAUGGUAGUUAAGAGUUAUGCCCAUAAUCAUAUUAUCACCCUAUGUUGAGGGUCUCAUGUGUGAAACGUUAGUUACAUGACAUACAGUUUGCCCUCGCCAGUACUUUCCUGUAGUAUUGACCCCUCGGGGGGGCACAAUUUUAGGUUGAAACUAGAGCUUACUUUCCGCACCCGUUGUUUGGGAGAUAGAUGGACAGAAGACGUGCUUCGUGUUUCCUCUGGUUCUAUUUCUAAAUAAUUAAAUAAUGCUCAUCGAACUAUUUUGACUUAUAAAUUAAUGGAGCUUGCGAGCUCUUGUUUUACCCUUGUGUGGGUUCUUAUUAAACACUUAUAUUCCGCUAUGUGUUCAAUGGUAUGUUUACUAAUCGCUUUUGGCAUAUGCAUCUAUCGGACAUCUAGUGCAAAUUAGUAAGGAUGAACUGCGGUUAUUCUUAUUGGGUUGUACGACGGUUGUCUACAUGGUACACACGCGAUCUGGGGCGUGACAAAUAUGAUAUGUUGUUGGGUAAUUAUUACACAUUUUUUAUAGAUAAAAACAAUGGAUUUAAUCAUUAAUAAACCUUAUUUUUAUAAUACUUAAAGGUUAACAAGUACGGGGAAUUUGACUUUGCACCUUAUUUAAAAACUUAUUAGUCUAUGCACCCUGAUCAGCCCAAAAAUUAUAAAGGAUAAGGGUGCUAAGUAAAAUGAUUUUAUGUUGAACGGGUCAAAAUUCAAUAUCACCCGAAAAUGGGAUACAAAGUUCAAUCCCUGACAAAUACGAAAUAAUAUCCUAUAAUAUACUAUACAGGGCCGGCCCAGGGCAGGUGUAGGCAACCCACUCGCACAGGGCCCAUUAUUUCUGAAGGCCCAAAAAUAAAUAAUGCUACGUAGUAUUAUUAGUCAGCCCGUGCGCAUUUGUCCGUCCCAUCCCAAUUCCCCAGUCUCGGUCAAUAAAUUCAAUAUGGAGUAUGUUGCACAGUUGCGGCCCAUAAAAAUCAUUUAAGUAAAUAAAUACGGAUGUGGAUUGACCAUCCAAUACCAAAGUUUUUAGUUUUCUCAUUUAAAUUAUACGGAGUAAAUCAUAUACGGAGUACGUAGUAUCUUUUUAAUUUCUCAUGUAUUCAAUGCAUGGUUAAUCUUCUCAGUUAUUAUGUGAUUGAGUGACUUAAUUUAGUUAUUUAUCAGACAUGAUUAAUUUAUGAUGAAAUUUAACAAAAUAAAGUUGUUAUUUAUUUAGUUAAGUAAUUAAAGUAAUCAUAUUUAACAAUCUGAUUUGAUUUUGUUAUUAGAUUAUCUUUACUAUUACUCCAUAGUCCAUCCGUCCAGUUAAGAUUGUCACAUAUCAAGUUUGAUAAAGUUUGUGUGAUUCUAAAUCAUUUUUUCUUUAUCACGGAGUAUUACUUUAUCAAUUCAUUAUCAAUCAAAUUUAAUUCAUUAUCAACCGCAUAACUCACUUUUCUUAAUAACCGCAUCACCUCUUCAUGUCCCAAUGUUAGUGGGACGGAGGUAGUAUGUUUUAGUAAAUUUUACUAUAUCAUAAAUUGUGUUUAUAUCUAUUUAUGUAGGAAAGGAAGGUCAAUUUUUUGUGGUUGCACACGGCCCUCUUAUUUUCAGGACCGGCCCUGAUACUAUAAAUGGGAAAUUCAGUGACAUCUAGGCUUAUAAAAAUAAUACUAUACCUAGCUUAAUAUCUAGUUUUAGAAUGUGAAAUUCGAUUUACACUUGAUUCAAAUUUGCUAAUCACAUGAAUGGUCUUUCAACACAUCUCAGUCAAAUGAUGUUUAAUUCAAUAUUGCUUAGAUUUUUGCAAUUUAAUAAUUAGCAUCGACUAUACUCCUAUCAUUUAGUAAUUUGGUAUGAGAAGUUAAUUUCUAAACUUAAUUAAUAAAUAAUCAGUUUUUUUUAAAAUGGACCCACAUUCCAAAAUAAAUUGGUUUUAGGGGAUUUAUGUAUUUAAGCACUAGUUGUAAUGGAAAUAAUAGAAUUAACAUGUGAUGGUAUCAUGGACUCUAACCAUGGCCCAAUUACGGGAUUAAAGAUCAAACCCAUAACGGGAUCCAGCCCAUAACGAGAUCAAGCCCAUAACGGGAUCAAACCCUCAACGGGGUCAAGCCCUUAACGGGAUGAGCCCAUAAAUGGGAUUAGUAUGAUUAGCUCCUGGGCUUAACUAGGAAUCAGACCCACAACAGGAACUCACAACCAGAUCAGGCUGAACACCAGACCUCGAGCCUGGGCGGAGUUCUAGCGAGGUCGGGAUAUUCCUAGGGCUUACGUGGCAGGCUAUCAUUCGUGCAUAGCUAUUUGGCAGCAGGCAGGAAUAAACGGCAGGAACGUGGACUUAAAGGAACGUUCAAUACACAACGGCCAAAAUGUUACAACAGUCCUAUUCGAACUAAUGUGUAAUUAAUAGCAUUUAUUGUAUCAGUUUCCUCCUACAAUACUAGUUCUUGUAGUCUAUAAAUACUUCCUGUAAAUUUCCUAUGAAGGGACCGAACUCCGGAUAAUAGAAUACUACCUUAUGCUGCCAUAUUUUCAUCUGCUCUCGUGGAUAUGUCUCUUGUAGUUGGAUUAAACUCCACCAUUUGGUGCUCUCAUUGAGAGAACGGUAUGCGAUAACAAUGGUCGGAUCACACAGUCACAACCGCAUGGGUAGCAAUCAAGGCGACGAUCGUUUCAAUCAAGUCGUGAUCAAGGACGGAGGUUCUAGAUCACGGCGAAGCGAUUCCCGGAGGUGCAACAAUAAUGCAGCGGCUCAGGGUGAAUUGAGAAAUCAACACCAUGGCGUUGGGAGCUCCAGACGCAUGUCAGCGCGACCACCACAGUUCCAGACUGGGCACUGUGAAUCUCAUCCCCAACGUCGACCCAGCCCAAGCCUUGACUAGUUUGGCAACAUUCCAGAGGGCUGUGGAGACCCUGACCACCGCUUCCCAAGGUAUCAUCCCUGACAACAACGCAAGACUUCCUUCCCCUCGCUAGACUCCAUACAUGCCUCAGUGGGAGGAAGAGAGACAUGAGCAACAAUAGAGGAACUCCUCGCCAGCCCGGUCUCAGCGGUCCAAUCAUUCCAGGCCGACCUCGAGAACCUCGGUGAUGGAUCUGAUUGGUGGGAAAAUGAUUUAUGUGCAUGAUAGAAUCUCCUUCAGGGCUGAACGAAGUGAGGAGGCGUCAUCAGUGGUCGUUUCAUCCCACCUCCGCAACGCGCGUGGGGAGAUCUCAGAGACGAGAUUAACGUCAACCAGCAGGCCCGUGGAGAUCGCUGAUCCCCACCUCGUGCUUGAGCGGGCCAUGGAAACGACAACCUCAUAAGGAGACUGGACGAGCUCAGGAGGGAAGAGGGAUGGUAGGAUCAACCUCAAUCAUGAUGUGAGGAUUCCCGAGCCGUUCACUCCCCAGAUCAUGGACGCUCCAUUACCACAGGGAUACAAGCCAUACAACAUUGAGACCUGUCGAGGGAAGACCGAUCCCCAACACCAUGUCUCGAGGUACGUGGCAUACAUGGUAAUGAUGGGGUAUGACGAUGCAAUCAAGUGUAGGGGGGUCUCACUAAGCUUGGACGGACCAGCCCGGGAAUGGUAUGACUAUUUACCUGAUGGGAGGAUCCUGAACUUUGGGGAAUUGGCCCAUGCAUUCGUAGUCCGGUUCGCUAGCUCCAAGGACUCCAAUAAGAAUUUCCCUCACCUCUUAGGAAUCAGACAUGGAUCCCAGGAAAGCUUGGUCGACUUCCUAGCUCGGUGGAGGGAUGAAUCGGUGAAGGUGGACAACCUAGAUAACAAUUCUACUGUCGCCGUCCUCACCAAUGCGGAGAGGUUGGGUGAACUGUGCAAGGAUUUUAUGCACAACCCCUCGACCUCACACGAGGAAGCUUUACUGCGUGCCAAUGCGCAAGCUGGGGUGGAAGAGGCUGAGAAGAGGAAGAGAGAAGAGGAGACCGGAAAGCGCCAACCUGAAGAUGAAAAGAAAAAGGAACUCAGAGAGGGAAACUCAUGACCCGGACAAAGGGAAUGGGUCCAAAAUGAAGAAGAAGGGUUGGGGAAAGAGCAAGUCAAGUGUCUCCGAGGGACCCCUGUCCAGCCAGUCUGAAUUUUCGCCUUUAACACAUCCAUUCAGCACUGUCCUGGAUCAUGCGGCCAAGUAGGGUUUGAUAACAAUUCUAGAAGGUUGUAACAUUGUUAACAACCAGGCCACCCGAGGUAAGUAUUGCAAACUCCAUAAGAGUGAUACUCAUGAAACUGAUGACUAUUAUGUCCUGAAAAGUAUGUGGAAAGGCUCAUCCAAGAAGGACAGCUGGAUCAGUUUGUAAAGAAGAGUCGGUGGGGACAACCCCUCAAAAGAAGAAUACCUGGAACAAAGGGAGAGACGAACCGGCCUCUCCCUCUAAGAAGAGGGAGAUCAGAGCCCAGUUCAAGGAUAACGAGGAAGGGGAAGAUUCAGGCCGUCAGAAACGCCCGCAUGUAAACCAGAUCUACGUCGGACCUGUGGGAGGAGACACCGCGGGAGAAAGAAAAAAGUGGAGUCGCCAACUAUUCAUUAGAGAGAUCAAACACAUUCUUGCGGAUAAAAAGCAGAAGCGGGAAUCGAUCGUUUUCACAGAUGACGACCUCCCGUCGUGUCCCCCACCUCACAUGGAUGCUCUGGUAAUCAAGAUGGACGUUAUGGAUGCAACCAUUCAUAGGGUCCUCGUGGACAAUGGCAGCUCAGUCAACAUAAUGUACAUGGAUGCUUUCUUGGAGAUCAGACUCAAGAAGGGAGAUUUGAAAGAGGUAAAAACACCUCUCUCAUGUUUUACUGGGGACACAAUCGAGCUAGAGGGGGUGAUCACCUUCAAGAUCCAACUCGGAUCAGAGCCAUGCGUACGAGUGAUCGAAGUAGAUUUUGUUGUUGUUCAACUGCCAAGCGUUCACAAGGCCAUCCUGGGCCGACCUUUGUUGGAGGACCUGGGAGCCAUUAUCUCCCAGGCUCAUUUAUUCAUGAAAUUUUACACACCGGCCGGAAUAGGCACGGUAAGAAGAGACCAGAAGAUGGCGAGAAGUUGCUAUGUGAGCGCCUGCAAGGCUCAUGGGUGGAAUGAUGUAAGGGUCAAUGCCAUCGAGCAAGACCUAUCCAAAUAUGAGGAAGGGAAAUUCAAAGCUCAGUCCGUCUCAAAGCUCGAGGAGGUCGGAGUCGAUCCAUCCCGGCCAGAAUGUUGGGUUAAAAUUGGUAUAGGACUUCCGACCGACCUGAGAUCAAGGAUAGUCCAAGUCCUGACAGAAUUUAAGGUGAUGUUUGCUUGGGGACCUGAGGACAUGCCCAGCUUGAUCAAGCAUAGCAGUUCACCGAUUGAACGUCGAUCCGAAGGCAACUCCCGUGAAGCAAAAGAGAAGAUACCUGUCUUUGGACAGGAAAGAGUUUAUCAAAGGGGAAGUAAACAUGUUGUUGGACAUUAGGCAUAUCAGAGAAGUGCAGUAUCCGGAGUGGUUUGCCAACGUAGUCUUGGCUCCUAAGCCGUCAAUCUGGAGGAUGUGCGUGGACUAUACAGAUCUCAACAAGGCCUGCCCAAUGUGUAACACCGUCCCCAAUUAUAUUUACUUUUAGUAAAUCAUGUAAUGGUCCUUGAAUAAUGAUUUAUGAAUUUACAAGGUUGUAAAAUUUUUGUUAUUUCUUUUUGCGUGAAUAGUGAAUUGCACGCGGGGCCCGCAUCGGGAGCGGGGACCACCCGAUAAUCCCAUGGACACAUAUUAUAUUCAUCUUGGUGUAGAUAACAUUCAUAUGGUGGUGGAUAUUUUAGUUGGGCCAUAGAAAGGGCAUAGGGUUGACCCGUCGGUCAAACGAGACCUAAUUACCGGUAUUGGUAAUUUAUCAUAUAACAGCCCGAAAUAGGGUUCGGAGACUUCUAAAUUAAAUAUGAGGAAUGUAUAUUCAUUCUAAGAGUCCAUAAUGAUGGGAAACACAUAAUAUAUUUUAAUUGACCCGAUAAAAUGAAAUAUAAUUAAAAUAGUCCGAAAAAUACAACUUUCGGGGCCGAUUUUACAGUUCGGGACACAAAGGGAUGACCUCUCACAUAAGUGGGGGGAACCCACGUUUUUAGCCUUGUCUUUGGACAAGGGAGCCGCACCAUCACAUGGGAAAUGAGCCAUGAGAUGAUUUGGGAGCCAACACAUUUAAGAGAGUGGACCCCCCCCCCCCCCUCCAUGUAUGAUUGACAGAAAUGCCAAAAAGGCAUUCUCAAUCAAUCCUAACCUCAUUAACUCGACCCAGCUGCCAUCCAAGGAGUAAGAAGCUCUGAAAUACUCCAUACCAUCCUCCAUUUUCGUGCUCAACACAAAGAGGUGCAAGGAAAGAAGUCUAAGGGGGAAAGAGUGAAGAAAAGCGUGAAAAAGUUAAGGUAAUAACUUUAUAACAACCUUCCCCUACUCUUUAACUUACCAUAUGGCUUAUGUAGCAUAUUAGGAACCCCUAAGGAAGCUCUACAUGGUUAGAGGUAUAGAAUGAGGGGUUGGAAGGUAGUUCUAAGUCCAAAAACGGACUUAGAAGCCAAAACGACCGGUUCGCCGGAAAAUAACCUUUUAGAGGUUAUUUGUAUUGAUAAGAGUUUUGCGAAGAUAAAACCAUGUUAGGAGCUUAACUAAAGAGUUUCUAGAGUUCGCCGGAGUUUGCCGGAGUUUCGUCGGAGUUCAACCGAGGAGCGUAGAAUACGUUAUACCUCAUUUAAGGUGAGUGGAUGGCUUAAUGUCUUGUAACUUUUGGGUUAAGCAUGAGAUUACCUAAGUAAAUGUUAUUGAUGGAGUAUAUUCCCGUAUAUCCCAUGGGUAACAUAAUCGCCGGUAGAAAGCAUCGCAGAUCCGCCAGAGACACGAAAAUACCAAGUCCACAAUCUGGGCCCGACCCCGGCCCCGACCGCCGAGGUCGGGAACAGCGAGCUCAGGAAUUGAUCAAACUCAGUAGCUAACGGAGUCAACCGACCCCGACCCUGACCCCGAGGUCGGGAAAACAGCGAGCUCAGGAAUCAACCAAACUCGGUAGGUUAUGAGCCCGACCUCGAGACACCCGAGGUCGGUACCAAGUCUGACCCUGGAAGCCCAGCUCCGGGUCAACGACAAUCGAGCGCCAGACAGUUGACCACCGCCGAGGUGGGAACAGAAGAUAGCAGGGCGAAUCCUCUCAGCAUGAGCCCAAGCCACUGGGCAUCGAACUCAGUGAUUCCUAAGGUCGGAAGAAAGCACCUCACACUUAGACAAAACCCACACAGACUUGACUCACGGAAAACAUCGCCACGUCAUCCUCUGUAUCAAAGAAUAUUCCAGACUACCCGCACACGAUCAUACGAGAUCCUUGGCAGGAAUUCUGUUAGAAGAAUCAUCAAUCAGCCAGCUAUCAAGGGCUCUCUCUCUCCAAUCAGCUCUCCACGUGGCGGCUCCCGGUUCAUUAGGUCUGGUAGUUUGUUAGAAUAGCUUUGCACGUGUCACUCUUUUAUUAGGCUAGCUCCUUUUGCUUGGCUGCCAAGUAUUUCCUUUUCUCCUUAGUAUAAAUAUCUCCUUCCGGCUUGUGGAAGGGGGUUCUGAACUUACGCUUCUAAGAACUCGAUUUACUGCACUUCUGAGAAAAUACAUUGAGAUUCCACCAGUUCGCUCUCCUUCAUUCUUGUUUCGAUGGAUUCCGGCCACCCCCGGUCCGAUGAUCCAUCAUUUUUUGGUGCUUUCAUUGAGAGCUGAACUGUGAACAAGUCAGAUCCUCCCAAUCUCUUCAGAUCUACAACAAGCUUUUCUGCAACAAUGGCGGGAAAGGAAAAUCUCAGAAGUCGACGUGCUGCUGCCACCGUCGCUCCGGUGGAGCCCUCGUUGGAAGCCACUGCUACUUCCGACGCUAGGAGGGCCGCCAAGGGAAAACAGGUCGCUGGAGCUUCUGCUGAUCUACGCGAUCAGAUCCAGCGCACCUCCCCAGAUCUGCGACAACAGAUCUCUCUCAACCGUGAUGUAGUGGCAAUGUCGUCCGCGCAGGUGAUCCCACAAUUCCAGAACCGUCUGAUGGUGGAUCCUUCUGCGGAGGUUGGCGCCCUCAUUACCGGCUUGCAGCAGGUACUCCCAACGCUGCGAUCUCAAUCUGCAGCUGCUGUCGCUCCUCAGGCCAUUCGACCUAUCUCUCCGGCGAAUUCCAGAUCUCGCUCUCUGAGAGUAGGCUCCAUUGACGCACCCCUGGUGGUGGAGAGGCCACCACAAAUGGUCUAUCAGUCUCCUCCCUGCCAGAGGGCGACUCCAGGGGUCCAAUCUCCCACGAUCCGUCAUGUGCCGGUGCUGCGCCUCUCGCACAACAGGCGGGAACCUCCCGCCCCGUUGUUGCACCACGGAGGAUAGCACCUCCGCCUCCUGCAGUGCCAUCUAGGUACACUGCCCGCCGCAUUGAUUGCGACUGUACCAAUGACGAGGGUGUUUAUGAUGUCACCACUGAGGACUCCUCGCAAUCCCCUUCCCUGCGACAGGAUGAUAACCCCAAUCCCUGGAUCGAGGUGGGAAGGCGUCCCAUCUUCUCCAGAUUGGGAGACAGAUCCACGGCGAAUCAGCGCCUAUCUAUUAAUAUCCGGGGGAUCAACCGGGCAAACUCCCCAGUGCCCGAGAUUCCCCGGCAACAACAGCAGCAGCAGCCUGGGAGAAGGACUCCAGAGCGCGUUCCCGCUCUGGAGAGGCUAAGGGGCAAUCAUUCUCCUAGAUUCGCCCCCCCAUGUCACCAGCAGAUGCCUUCUCUCCCAAGGCAACAACGCGUUUCUUCACCGCGCCAACAACUGCAACAACAACCCCUGCGCCAGCCGAGGUUGUCACCACCUAGGCGGCAAGUUGAAUCUCCACCACGGCGCCCUCGCCAGGUGGACCUCAGGGAAGAAAAGAUCCGCCUCUUGACUCAGCAAGUCAAUGAGCUCUGGACCGCUGCAACAGCAGCACCACCACCAUUGCCACCCCAGCAGACGGCGCGGGAUGCUCAGCUGGAAGCGCUGGCUCUUCAAGUCCAGCAACUCGAGGCCCAGAUCAACCAGGAGCCUGUCACAGUAAGGGUAAGGACUGCUACCCCCUUUACUACGAGGAUUAUGCAGGCCCUUAUACCCCCAAAGUAUAAGGGGGCCAAUAUUCAACUCUAUGGGGGUAAAACUGACCCCCAAGAGCACUAUACUCGCUACCAGUCCGGCAUGUAUAUGUUGGGCGCUAGCGAUGAGUAUAUUUGCCGUAUGUUUCCCUCCACUUUAGAGGGGGAGGCAUACGAUUGGUUUAACGAUCUCCCUGAUGAAUGCAUCGACUCAUGGAGGGAGCUAGCUACCCGCUUCCUGACUCACUUCGCCACAAAGGCAAGGACGAAGAAGCAUUUCUCCUACCUGCUGUCCAUAAAGCAGGGCAGGGACGAGCCUCUAGGCAAGUUCCUGGAACGAUGGAAUGAAGAAACCUCCAAGGUCUAUGGGGCUGAUGACAACACCCGUUUGGCCAUGCUCCAAGAGGUCCUGUGGACCGGCGGCUUCUCGAGGAGCCUCAUCAUUGAUCCCCCAAGGGAUUAUCAGCGGGCACUCCUCCGUGGACAAAACUACGCCCUAGCGGAGGAGGUGCACAACCGUAAGAGGGCACAGAAGAGUACCUCAAAGCCCCAGAAGCAGGAGCAGAAACAGCUGGAAAAGCCAAAGCCGCUACGAGAGGACAAACCUCGUGACGAUGGUGAUAAGGGACGGAACAGGGGCCAUUUCAAAGGCAGGCGCCCCUGGAUAGGCCCCAAGCUCCUAGCACCUGAGGUCCUGACACCACUGACCCACUCUGUCAGCCAUAUCCUAGAGGCAGCAGACCAGGAAGGGCUGGUAGUGCGGGACCCCCGAAUCAGUGAAAUCCAGCAGUGAGACAAAUCCGGGCCAUAUUGCAAAUUCCACGGGUUUUAUGGGCAUGCCACUGAUGAAUGCCACACGCUUAAGCUGGAGAUUGAGAAGCUGAUUAACCGUGGCUUUUUGACACGUUUCGUCCGGAAACCUGAGUCAGGCCAGAAACGUGGCCACGAGCGUAGAUCCCGGGACGAGGAGCGAGAUUAUGAUCGUUCCCCACGCAAGAAGGAUGUCGGGCUGAUCUCCGAUGAUGAUUCGGCUGAGGAUAAUAGGCGUAACCAGCAGCGCCGACAUGAGGUCCGGAUGAUCAUCGGAGGAAACACCGGCGGAGACACGGCCGCGCAAAGGAAGAAGUGGAACAACAAACUUUAUGUGGGGGAAAUCACAGCUCCCCCACCUGCUGCCAAGAGAGCCAGCUCGGAUAUAAUCUCAUUCACCGACCGCGAUCUGCCAGACUUCCCUUCACCCCAUAGGGAUGCUCUGGUGGUGAAGUGUGAGGUGGACGUGGUUAUCAUCCACCGUGCUUACAUUGAUACCGGUUCUUCUGUCAAUAUCAUGUAAAUACAGACGUUCCAUGAGCUGGAGCUGCACCUCAACUCUUUGAGGCCCAUCCGAACUCCCCUCUCUGGAUUUACCGGUGACUCCAUAGACGCCGAGGGCACUAUUGAGCUCACCAUUAAGUUUGAGGAUGGAUCUCACCACUCCAGGAUCCCUGUGGAGUUCGUAGUGGUGCGCCUAGAGUGCGCUCAUAAUGUAAUUCUGGGGAGACCAACACUGGAGGACUUGGAAGCAGUGAUUUCCAUGAGGCACCUUUGCAUGAAGUUUCCAACCGAGGCCGGGGUCGGUUAUUGCAGAGGUAGCCAGAAAAUAGCCAGAUUCUGCUACACGAAGAUGACAAAGCGGAUGGCUGCUAGGGACAUGCGCAUCAAGACCAUCUCACAGGCCUCGCUUGAAGAAGAAACUCCCAGACCUAAGCCUGUAGAUACAUUGGAGACCGUCGUCCUGGAUCAAACUAACCCUGAGAGAGCUGUUCAGAUCGGGACAAAUCUAAAGCCAGGAUUAAGGCAAGCAAUAAUCUCUGUUCUCAUCAAAUACAAGGUUAUUUUUGCCUUGGGACCCGACGAAAUGCCGCGGAUCAGUCGUGACAUAAUCACGCACAACCUAUCUGUGGACCCAAACGCGACGCCUGUCAAACAGCGCAAGCGGUACCUGUCUACGGACAGAAGGGAAUUUGUCAAGGCCGAGAUGACUAUGCUCCUUAGCAUAAAUCACAUCGCCGAAGUCGAAUACCCGGAAUGGCUAACGAAUGUUGUUUUGGCACCCAAGCCACCAACAUUUCGUAUGUGCGUCGAUUACACCGACCUCAGCAAGGCUUGCCCGAUGGAUCCAUUCCCGCUGCUGAACAUUGACCAGCUCGUCGAUGAAACAACCGGCUGUGACCUCAUGAGCUUCUUGGACGCCUUCCGGGGCUACCACCAGAUUUUCAUGAACGAACUCGAUGCCCUGAAGACAGCUUUCAUGACUCCAGAGGGUAUUUUCUGCUAUAUGGUCAUGGCGUUCGGGCUCAAGAACUCAGGCACCACCUACACUCGCAUGGUGGACAGGGUCUUCAAGGCUGUGCUCGGCAGGACAAUGGAAGCCUACGUGGAUGACAUGAUAGUCAAAAGCCGCAAAGCCAGCACAUAUGCUGAGGAUGUAGAAGAGAUCUUCAAGAUUAUGAACAAGAUCAACCUCCGGCUCAACCCCAAGAAGUGCACAUUUGCAGUUCAAGGGGGAAGUUCCUGGGCUACAUGAUUAGUCAGCGCGGGAUUGAGCUAAACCCGGAGAAGGUGCAGGCCAUACUCAAUAUGGAGCCGCCCCGAAAUGUCAAAGAGGUCCAAAGAUUAACUGGGAAGCUGGCAGCCCUCAACCGGUUUCUUUCAAAAUCGGUCGAGCGUGCACUGCCAUUUUUUCAAAUCAUGAGGAAGUAUGCAAAGUUCCAGUGGACUCCCGAGUGCCAGACAGCAUUCGAUGACCUCAAGCGAUAUCUUGUCUCUCCGCCGAUAUUGUCAAAGCCUGAGCACGGAGAAACACUAUACCUCUACCUUGGCGUCAGCCACGGGGCCGUGAGCUCGGUCCUGAUUUGCGAGGAAGAUGGAGCUCAGAAGCCCAUUUACUACAUAAGCAAAACAUUGCGCAACGCCGAGCUCCGGUACUCCCCAGUAGAGAAGACCGUACUUGCGGUAGUAUGGACUGUGAAGCGCUUGGCCCAUUAUUUCCAGGCCCACGUCGUACAUGUUCUCACCCAUCGACCUCUGGGUCAACUCAUGCGGAGCCCCACAAGCUCAGCCAGAAUGGUCAAAUGGGCCGUUUUUUCUGAGCCAAUACGAGAUCGAGAUCAAGCCGAGGCCGACCAUUAAAGGGCAAGCUCUCGCCGACUUCAUGGCAGAAUGCACUGCCAGAGAUCUGACCCUGGACACCUCAACUGACGAGGACGGCUGGUGGACACUGCUCACUGAUGGCUCUUCUGCAGCCAAGGCC